UAAUAAACACGAACAAGACGCGUUCCGAACAGUUUUAUUUUUUAUCAACAACUUUGCACGAUAAUGGUCGCCAGGUGAGCGCUUAAGACGACCAAGGCGAGCUGAGAUUUGUGGAUAUUGACACGUUUGGGAGACCAUUUAAGGAUACCAUAUUAACACAUCUGCCAGACCCACGUUCCCACUCUCUACAUGGGCUGCAGCCCGACCUGUAUGAAAAAGAUCACCCUGUCCCCUUCCACCAUGUCUUCCUGCUCCUCGGCCCAGCUUAGCCAGUUUGCCAAGGAGGUCAUACACUUCAGCUCGCAGUAUGGAGGCGACGGAUCCAUGGCAUACGUUGCCGCUAACCUGGCAGGAUCACCGGACGUCUUCCCGAACUAUGGGGAUUUCACUCAAGCUUGUGUUUUUCGUACAUAUGGGACAUGGUGGGAAAGGUCACCAUCAUCAGAGGGAAAGUUUGGUAAGACGGGUGACUUCAAAGGCAAUGACUUCAUAGACCUUUACUAUGAAGAGAAAGUUCUUCCUACUGCAAUCAAUAUCUACGAAACAUAUCAUCCGGGAUCGGUUAUUCAGAUAUGCGGUGCUGAAAUUGAAGGGCCUUCUGACAACGGGUCUCCGUUUUCACUCAGUAAUCAUGCAAGGUGGCAUGUAUUAUGGUCUGGUGAAGCUCAUGAUAAACAUUUUCAGCCUCAAAUGUUUUCCCCUCCCAUCAGAAAUAUCAAUGCAAAAACAAAUCUGAUUCGCCUAGUCUUUGACCACCGCAGCAGCGAUUACUACACGGAACUAGACAGCGUGGAGCUAAUCGGCAUGACAUCGCUUCAAGAUGAGGGAACAGAUCUGGACGAUGUGUACCUCCAUCGUCUUCAGGAGCUUUCCCUGAAGGAGGAGAGGUCCAAGGGUUCUUAUGAGUAUCCCGUCCAAGCCUUGCCCACCAUGGACAAUGGCUGCUUUGAUAUGCUGCCAGGUGAACUAAUCCAGCUGAUAUUUCGAUACCUAAGUCUGGAUGACCUGUGUGUUGCUGCCACAACGUGUACUCUGUUUAGGAAACAUUGUUACGACCAGCUGCUCUACGUAGAACUCAACCUACAACCUUAUUGGAUGAUGGUAUCUGGAGACUCAUUAUAUGGUUUAACAGAAAGAUGUAGUCAGCUACAGAUGUUGGAUUUAUCAUGGUGUGGAGACUGGGAUAAAAUCACAUCCAAAGAUUUCAAUAGUUUUCUAUUUUCAUGUGGAAGUGAACUCAAGUCACUAAGGCUGAAGGCAUGUCGGUUUGUGACGGCAGACUCGCUUGAAGCCAUUGCAUCUGUGUGUACCAAACUCAAAGAACUGAAUCUGUCAUCCUGCCGCAGUCUUAAACCUAACAGCUACGGAUGUCUGCAUUCACUCAAGAAUCUAGAAAGACUCAACUUGUAUCGGGCCAAAAUCACUGAGGCAGAAAUGAUCCAGAUCUUCAGCCACACCCCCCAUAUAAGACAUCUCAACCUAGGAGGUAUACGGUUCAUUGUCACCUUGGACAACGUCAUGCAACAACUAGCAAAGACAUGUCCGCAUUUGGAAAGUCUAGAUUUAUGGAGAGCUAAAACAUUGUCUUUCGUUGGAUUGGGUCACAUUGCAGCUGGCUGCCCCAAUCUUCUAGAACUUGAUGUAGGAUGGUGCUCUGAUCUAAGUGUAAAUACAACAUGGCUGAGGAAGCUUGUAUGCAACUGUCCCAGGCUCAAAAAGCUCUUCUUAACUUCUAUACGGAGUAUAGCCGACUGUGACCUUCAUUCUAUAGCAUCUAAUUUACCAGAUCUAGAACAGUUGGAUCUACUAGGUGCCCAGCGUGUAAGCCAGCAAGGUAUAACAAGGGUAUUGGAUAAAUGUUCAAAGUUAAUCUUUCUUGAUGUGUCUUUCUGCCAACAACUCACCUUGGAUGUGGUCUCUCAGCUCAGAGAACAGUAUCAUCAUAUAAACAUCAAGAAAAGCUUUACCAUUUCCCGCCCCAGCGCCACCACUCGAGCAAUCAGUUAUCACAUCCCUGACGGAAUCAGAAACGUUUGCAACAGACCAUCUCUGGUUGUGAACAUCCAAUAGUGAUAUGCCAACGGGAAGUAGUCAGAAGUGAGAAAUGAGUGUCUUUGUACAGCUGUGAGGGAGUACUUGCUCUAAAAACUUGUUGAUAUAUCCCCCUCGAUGCAGGUAUUUUAGCAUUUUCUGAAGGUGUAAUGCUAAUGCUUUCCAGUUCUGCAUGUUGAAUUUUGGUUAUUCCACACAGUAAGAACUUAAGGCUGUUCUAUUAAAGGUAUUUCAGCCACUUUAAGUUGUUAUUUCAUGAUAACUAUUAAAUAGUUUCCCAGUUCUGCAUGUUGAAUUUUGGUUAUUCCAACCACAAAGGAGGUUACAUUAUAGUAAAUACUGGCAUAAGGCUAACAUCCAUGUUUUAAAGGUAUUUUACCCAUUUGAAGUUUUCAUUUUUAUAAGUUUCUUAAUUUUGCAUGUUGAAUUUUGGUCAUUCCAUAAAUUAAGAAGAUUUAAUAAAAUAGGAGAGGAUAUUGGCAUGAGGCUAACAUCCAUGUUUGCUGUGAAGGUAUUUUCAGCAACUUCUAGUUGGCAUUUCACAAUUGCUUCCCAGAUUAACAUUUUGAUUUUGGUUGUUCCAUAUAAUACUGACAUAAGGCUAACAAUCAUAGGUAUUUCAUAUAACUUUAAGUUAUUAUUUCAUAGGUUUUUCAGUCCAACAUGUUGAAUUUAGGUCAUUCCAUAAAGUAAGGGGAUAUUAAAGGAGAGAUUACCAGCAUUUUAAUGGUGUUUUCAGCAACUUAGACUCUUUGUGUUUCACAUUAGUUUCCCAGUUUUCCAUUUUGAAUUUGAAUGUCCCAUAUAGUGAGGAUGGCAAUAUGAGUGAAUACUUGAAUAAGGCUUAUGAUUAAAGGUACUUUCAACCACUUACAGUGUUUAUUUCGUAAGUUUCUUAGUUCUGCAUAUUUAAUUUCGGUCAUUCUGUAAAGUAGGGAGAUUUUAUGAAUAGGAGUGAAUGCUUGAAUAAGGCUAACAUCCACAUUUUAAAGAUAUUCUUUAGCUAAGCCUAAUUUGAGUUGUUAGUUCACAGUGCUGCCCAUGUUCUGCAUGUUAUAUUUCAGUAAUUCCAUAUUGCAAGGAGAUUUCAUAAUAUUUUGUCAUUCUCUUGAGGGAGGUUUAUGCAGUGAUUGCAGAAAUCUUUGCGUAAAGACGGUUCGCUUUUCAACAGUAUUUGCUGAUAAGGCUUGCUCCAAGGUUGUUGUUCUGUUCUCUGAAUGCACUUUUGUUAUUUCACAAUGAUUUCCAAACCUCGCAUUUUUAAUUUUGAUUCAAUUGAAGUAACACAAUGAUUGAUGUUAUUGAAUUAAGACAGUAACUCCUUUAUUUAUCUCUCAUGAGUUUAGGGUCACACGGUGUUGUUAGAAGGUUAUUUUCAGCCACUUUUAGUUGUUUUUUUCACCAUGCUCUGCAUGGUCUCUGUACAGAUGUAUGCAGAUAUUUGGAUUGAGCAUUAGCAGUAACGGGCUCACUCAACAUGAGAUGUAAUUACUGUGCAUAGACAGUAACGUUUCUAUUUUCUCCUCAUUAGAAAGUUAACAUUAAUGUUGCUGUUCCAGUAUUUGGAGCCAAAGUUAUUUUAUCUGUAGCUGUCUAACUCGGCAGUCUGAGUUUUGGUCACAAAGACAGUAUUAUCUUACUUUCGCUUACAACGGUAAAUUAGAAGGAUUUGAAUGUCUUUGUGAUGAUGUAGGCCUUUGAAAUUUUAUUUUAAAUCUGCAAAUGAAAGCCAUCAGUAAAGCAAUGAAUUCUGAACAAUAUCACAAUUGUGAUUUUAUGUAGCCCCUCAUGUAUAUAAAGUAAAGUAUGAUCUUAACAGCUUUCAACUUAUUUCUUCAAGGACAUUCAGUUAAUAGGGCUGCUAACGUGCACUGACUUUAUUGCAUGUAUUUGCAUAUUGCAUUAACUAAUAUGCUUGUAUAGCAUGUGUUUUAAUAAUCCAUUCAUUUUCAGGUGUAUAACAGACAAGGCAUGAUGUGGCCUUAUAGCACAUUGCCAUGUAGAUUUUCCAUUGAAUAUGCCCUAUAAUUGUUUGUUUCAAUUUCUGAAGUUUUCGUUCAUAAAGUUAGGUCCAUAAUAGCCAUUUACACAUUUUCCGCAAACAUUUGAAUGCAUAAAACAGCCAGAUGUUGGUUGAUACACGUACAUGUGAGCGAAUCUAAUUCAAACACUGCAACAUGCUAAGUAUGGUACUAUUUUUUUAGUUUGGGGUAAUAUUAUGGGGGCAUGCUCACGUAUAUUGUGGUACAGGGACGUUUGACUUUGAGGACCCCCUUUGUCAGACACCGUUCUUGUUCUUACUAAUGAGCCACUCAUCCUUGCUAUGAAUAUCCCCAUUACAAAACAUAUCCGUGGUCACUCACCCUUGUUCCCAUUUCAUCAAAACUUGGUAUAAUAACAAAUGCACAAAAUCCAUAACAAGCUUACUGUCAGCCAAUCAAAUUGAUUGAUAGCAGU